CCCUCUUGGCUGUGAGGUAAGCAACAUCGAGUGUUUUAUCAGAGCGCAGAGGGAAAAAAAACCACCCACAAUUCGACGUGUUUGCUUCUUUGCUGGUCGUUUAAGGAGCCCAGUCAAGUUUCGAGCCUGUUUCACCAUGGUCUUGUGUGGCAGGGGCCCGUUACUGAUGGCAUUACCUCUCUGGCUGAGUUUUGGCCAAGCUGCCGCUCUUGCAGAGCCAGAGAUCUGCUACGUGCUGGAUGGCAUCCUGUUCCUGUAUGGCAUCAUCCUGACGGCUCUCUACUGUAGAAUUAAGGUCUACAAUUCUAAGGAGGCUGAGGCUGUGAAAGUAAAGGCCAAGCAGAAUGUGGAAGAGGGCAUCUAUACUGGUCUGACUCCUCACGCCCAGGACACAUACGAAACUAUUGGCAUGAAGAAGUAACGUGGCGAGCGAAAAGUACAAGGCGGAUGUUUUCCCCUCUCCUGUAUUUAAAUAUUGCAUUUCUUUCACUGCUUUUAUUUUAGGAGGGUUUGAGGUUGUGCGCGCCAGUGUUCAUUUCCCUUUUGCUUUUGUAUAAUUUAUGGGAAGUUAGGCAGUACAAGACAGAAACAGGGAAGUCUCAAAAAUGCUCACCCUGGUCGGUGGAAGGUAUUCUAGCUGCUAUGUUGCACAUAUUUAAUUUUUAUGCAGACAUAUUUUGAUACCUGUGGUGCUUCACAGACAUUUCCUAUUGUUAUACAUAAGCUUUAAAUAAAAGAUGAAAUAGAUAUUACAUUUCUUGUGUAUAGCCGAGUUCUGUGCUUGAAUGCUGACCGGCACUGACCCCCCGCAACAGUCUAUCCACUCUUCUUCUGCUUUCAGGCCAUCUGAAUUAUGUUAAUCUUUUUAUAUAGGAAGACUGUGAAAUGUCUUAUAGAAUCAACUUAUUUUUUUCUCAUUUACUCAUUUAUCUCAAGUGGAUUAAAUGUGAAAUUUCAUAAUUUUUUUUGUACCACUUCAGAAUAUAUAUAAGCUACAAGUUCUUCUGACUUGAAGUCUUUUGAAUUGAAAUAAUCGGUUGGAUGAUUGUACUGUACACAUUUUAACCAAUUUGUCAAAAAUAAACUGAGACCCUUCUUUUUCAUAGUUUGAAUAAAACAUAGGAUGGAAACUU